AUGAUUGCCUCGAUAUCAGCUGAAGAGUUCCAGCGUUUUCAAUCACAACUGCUCGAUUUACGUGAAGCACAGAUAACAGCUAAUGAGGCUCGAUUAAAAGCAGAGAAACGUGUAAAACAAUUAGAAGAACUUUCACACACUAAAUUAGCUUUAAUUGAAGCUCAAUCAACUUCAGCCAAUCGUUCACGUCUUGAAGAGCUGCGACAAGAGAAUACACUUUUACGUGAUAAACUAUUGAGUACAGAAUCAUCAUUCCAGUUGCAAUCGUCAACUCUACGCGCUGAAUGUCAUCGGUUAACAAAUGAAUUAGACGAAUUACAACAAAAACUAUCACAGAGUAAUAAUAAUAAUGAUAAUAAAGUGAAAAAUUCAAAAUUAUGCCAAACAAUUAAUAAUCCACUCAAUAUUCAACAUAAAUCUAUUCAAGUCAACUGUGAUGAUCCUGAUGAUUAUCAAAUUCCCGCUUUUUUAAGACAGAAUAUUGAACAACUUGAACAUUCCUUGGAAACCGCCAAUUCAACACAUCAUCGUUUAAAACAAACUAUUGAACAAUUGAAUAGUCGAGUUACUCUACUUGAGAAUAAAUUAUCCGUGGAAAUAUCUAACUAUCAAAAUCAAAUAGAUCAAUUGAAUAAUGAGAAAAAUGCCUUGUGUACAGAAUUAAAUACAUAUCAAGAAAAGAUGCUGCAAUCUGAGGUGUUGGAAAAAGAAUUACGCAAUCAGAUUGAUUCGGUGAAACGUCGUAGUGAAAAACUGAAUCAUGAGUUAAGACGUCAAUUGAAUCGAUUUCUACUUGGUUGUAAUAAUAACAAUAGUGAUGUAGAGGCUGCAAAUCUACGCAAAACAUCACUACACUCUUCAUCUUCCUCGUUGUCGAGUAAUUUUAAUCUAACCGCGACAACAACAACAACAACGACGAUGCCAGGUUCUUCAACAUCUCAUGGAAUGCUGCCUAAUGAAGUUAAUUCUGUAAAUGCUAUGAAUGGACAAUUGACAAAAGAUCCUUCAGGGCAUUCUAAUAUUUCUACACCGAAGAAUUCAUUUCAUGAAAUGCCUCCAGGUUUCUUUUCAACAGCUGACUUUAAGGCAAUUAUUGAUCGAAUGUCAGAAGUUCAAGAGGAGAAUUGCAUUCUACGACGAUUGAAAAAGCGUUUAGAAGCUGAUUUAACGGCUAAAAGUUUAGUUAUUCAAAAAGAACUUGAUAACUAUCUGAAAUCACCAUCACCAUUAUCAUCACAGAAGUCUACACCCCCUCCACCUACUGCAGCAGCAGCAGCGUAUUCUACAGUUGUCACUGGCUCAACAGCAUCGGCGAUGACGACAACAGUGACAACAAUAGGAUCCUCAUCAUCAUCGUCAGGGAGUCAAUAUCGAGCUAUUCGGAGUAAUUCGCAUAUAGCUACCUCUUCCUCCUCUUCACCCUCCACCUACUACUCUUCAACAGCUUCGCCAUCAACAUCUUCAGUUGCAAAUAAUCCAUUUACAAGUUUAACAUGGUUUCCAUUCAUGAGAAGUACAAUGUCGAAUUCUACUGACUCCCCCACCUCCUUCACCUCCACGUCGACGUCGUCUAUGACAUUAUCUAGUGUUAAUAUACAAACUGUGAAUCGUUUAAAAUUGAUGUGUGAAGAAUUACUCACAGAAAAUAUUCAAUUAAAAGAACAAUUACAACAGACAAGUCAAUGA